CCUUCGUCGAGCGGUGGGCGGAGAAGCAGUCGGAGGUCCUUGGCCGGGACCGCCCUCUUUGUAGCCUUUUCUGUUCGCGAGAAACAUGGCUGCAGCCUCUGCCUCCCCGCCGGUGAAGAUUGGAAUUAUUGGAGGGACCGGUCUGGAUGACCCUGACAUAUUAGAAGGUCGAACAGAAAAAUAUGUUGAUACACCUUAUGGAAAGCCAUCAGAUGCACUGAUAUUGGGAAAGAUAAAAAAUGUUGACUGCAUUCUUCUAGCCAGGCAUGGGAGACAUCAUACUAUCAUGCCAACAAAUAUCAAUUACCGUGCCAAUAUGUGGGCACUGAAGGAAGAGGGCUGCACUCAUUUGUUAGUGACUACUGCCUGUGGUUCAUUAAGAGAAGAGAUUCAGCCUGGAGAUAUUGUCAUAAUCGACCAAUUCAUAGACAGGACAACCAAAAGGCACCUCACCUUUUAUGAUGGGAACUGUUCUGGCCUUCCAGGAGUGUGCCACAUUCCCAUGGCAGAACCUUUCUGUGCCAAAACUAGAGAAGUUCUUAUGGAUGUUGCAAAGAAGCUUGGGAUCAAGUGCCAUUCAAAGGGGACAAUGAUCACAAUUGAAGGACCACGUUUCAGUUCUCGAGCAGAAAGCCUAAUGUUUCGCAGCUGGGGAGGUGAUGUUAUCAAUAUGACUACAGUCCCUGAAGUGGUUCUUGCAAAGGAAUCUGGAAUCUGCUAUGCAAGUAUUGCUAUGGCAACUGACUAUGACUGUUGGAAAGAACAUGAAGAAACUGUUUCAGUGGAUAAAGUGUUAAAGACAUUGAAAGAAAAUGCUAAUAAAGCAACUAGCUUGCUGCUUACUACUAUACCUCAGAUCGGUUCCAUGGAUUGGGCAGAAACCCAGCAGAACCUGAAAAAUACUGUGCAGUUUUCAGUUAUGCUACCAAAACAUUAAAAGCAUGGCAAGGCAUUCUGAAGCUGGUCCAAGAAGAUGGAUCUUCUGAAAACAUGACAAUACUCAGAUAUAACGUAGUUAAAAACAUGCAACAUUUUCAUUCUAUCUGCUUAUACAAUUUUUGUUUGGGCACAAAAUCUUGUAAAGGAGUGGAGCAUGCCCACCAGGAUGGGAAUUAAUAAGAAGAACUGACAGGCACUGAACAGGAAUUUAAUAGCAAAUAUUUAAUCAUGUUUAUAAACAUGGAGAGAAUAAGAUAUCAAGGGCUACAAUUCUGGCAAGUUACUGGCUUAUCAGUUAUCUUAAAGAUGUCAAGGCAAAGUUUAGUUUAUGUGCUCUCAACUACUCCAAAUGGGGAAAAAGAACCUCAAAGUCAAAAUGCAGAGUCCCGUAAAUCAGUUACAUUAGGAUGUCUUCUGUCAGUGGCAUUUUUUUAAUAUUUAGAAUGCAAAGAAAUGGCUUUUGAAUAGAGUUGAAUGGUGUUAUAUUUGGUAGUUUUUUAUAUUUUAAUUUUUUUAUAUAAAACUAUUUACCUUUUACAAAAGUGGUUGCCUUCUAGAUGGGGAUGCUUGAGUGGAAUUUAAAGAACAUCAAUGGCACAGUCUUGCUUUUUCCCCACAAGUGCUGAUAUCAUUGCAUGGAGCAAUUCCAUUAGAAAUUCUGGUAUAGCCCACCAGCACUAGCAACAUGCUGCAUCUGCUCCCCAUACAUGCUACAAGGCCUAGGUGUGUUCACUUCAACAAGAAGUCCUUCCAUGCCUUAUAAGCAACAUCUUCUGCCCAUUUCAGGAACACAUACAAUACUCCAAGAAAAAGUAGCAGAGCUGUGUGCCUGGGCCCCAGAUGGAAGGCUGUUCCUUGGUAUUUCAUUGUGAGGUGCCAGAGUGUUUCUCCUUGGAGUGCUUAUGCCAUGGCGAACAGUGGCAGUUAGCUACUAAGGAUGGUGUUGUAGGAGAAGGCUUCUAAUGGAACCAAUUGGAUUGCCAUGUUAAAAAUAAUAUUGCUCUAUGCUAAGAGAAUUCUGUACCCAACUAUUUGAUCCUCAUUCUGUGUUCCUGUAAUGUGAAACAUCCAUGAUCAAUUUCUCUGAAGAAUGUUUUGGCUUUAUUCUGAUUCAUUAGUAUUGCAUUGAUGAAUGUAAACAAUAUGCACAGUGGUAUCCAUGCAGUUUAUUUCUAUUCUGCAUUGGUUUAAUGCCCAUACUUGCCCUUAAAAAAAGGAUGUGCUGCUGCUUCUAUCAUAAAACCAAACAUAAUCUCCUAUGUGUAAACAGAGAAACAUUGGGAUGUUAGGCAGAUUCAAACUGUUUUAAUGUUGUGCAGUGACAGAUCAGAUAAAAUUAAGGAAGACUCCCCCACCCUUAGAUAAUGCAGGCAAUGGUUGAUUUCAGUUGAUGGCAACAUAUAUAUUACUGAGACACAAAAUAAAAUAUUAGCAGUACUA